AUGAAACUCCUAGGAAAUAGCCUCAGGGUGACCGUCCGGGCAGGUGCACUUGUCAAACCCGAGAUUAGUCAGAGAGAAUACCUCACUCCUCUCAAGAAGCGGGUGUCAUGCUACAUCAAGGCUGUCCCGGGCGAGAAAUUCAACAUUGUCGUCUCACCUGGUGAGCGCAUCGAUGACGCCAAGCUCUUCUGGAUUAUCGUCUACGUGGACGGCGUCUUGGUAGACGACCACGUCCAUGUCUUUCAUCCGGCCGUGGUCAGCCCGCUCGCUGUCUAUGCCUACUACGGCUACGUUGACCAGACGGACGAGGAAACCGACGGAAGGUGGUACAUGAAUCCGCUGUGUUUCAAGCAUCCUAAAUACCCCGAGACCACAGUCUGUCCUAAUGGCGACGAGGCCAGGGGUGAGAUCAAGAUCUGCUUCAUUCCUUGCGAAAGGUGUCGUCCAGAAGAGAGCACGCCCUUCGAGCACAGGGCCGGCUACCGCGAGAACAAAGCCAAGAGCGCGAACGACUUUGGCGUCGAGGCCAGAGGGGGCACGAAGGUGGCCAUCGCUCCUCACAUCGACUGGCCCUUUGGUCAUCGCGUGAAGCAGGGAGCGACAAGCUACGAGGCCGUGUUUCGCUACCGCUCCGAGCGCUGGCUCAGCAACCGCAGCCUAUACGCCGAUUAA